AUGACUUCAACUGUUAAGGACUUUCCAGAAGACAGCAACCUUUCGCCAAAAGCCAGCACUAGCAAACUGCCAACAGAUGCAUCUCCUGACUCUAAAUGCCCCAUCUGCUUGGACAAAUUUGACAAUGUUGCCUAUCUUGAUCGCUGCUUGCAUAGGUUUUGUUUCCGCUGUGUCCAGGAGUGGUCAAAAAACAAAGCAGAAUGCCCUCUCUGCAAGCAACCCUUUUUUUCCAUUUUUCAUACAAUUCGCGCUGAAGAUGACUUUAAGGAGUAUGUACUCAGCCCUACAGAAGAGAGCUCUUUUGCCAGCCCUAAUGGCCAGAGAUUUCGUUACCGUACCACCUUAACAGGGGAACGCCGUGCUGGCAGUUCCCCUUCCCGAAGGAUGCUGUCUCCUCUGCCUUCCCGAAGGAUAAUGUCUCCUCCAGAUAACGGGAUAUUGUUUGAAGGGCUGUCAAGUGAACCGGUGCGGCAGAGGGACGGAGAGAUUCAGCAGAUGAUAAGGAGGCUGGCCUCCAGGAGGCAGGCCAGUGCAGAGGGCAGAUCUCUGCGGCAGAUUCAGGAGGAAGACAUGAUCAACUUCCGCAGAGCUUUGUACCGUACUGGUGUGCGUAUUCGUAGUAUUCAGGAUGGUGGCCGUUACCGAGACAUUUCUGCAGAGUUUUUCCGCCGCAACCCUGCUUGCCUUCACCGGCUGGUUCCUUGGCUGAAGCGAGAACUUACAGUCCUGUUCGGUGCUCAUGGAUCUUUGAUAAAUUUUGUGCAGCACAUUAUCAUGAGUAAUGUGACUAGGUAUGAUCUGGAAAGUCAGGACUUCGCUGACGAUUUAAAGCCAUUUUUGCUGAAUCGGACUGAACACUUCUUACAUGAAUUCAUCAGUUUUGCCCGUUGUCCUUUUAACUUAGAAGCAUAUGAUCAGCAUGCCAAUUAUGACUGUCCUGCACCAUCAUACGAUGAAGGAAGCCGCUCAGACUCGUCAAUUAUUACCAUAUCUCCAGAUACGGCAUAUUCUCAAGGGCCAGAUAACAGUUUGUCUAUGACUGGUCUUAGUCAGGCCCCCUGGGAUGAUGAAACUCCAGGGCCUUCCUAUUUCUUUUCAGAUUCGGUUCCUGCAGGCAUAGAUACUCCUCUGGAGGCAUCAGAAAGCUCUGAUGAGGACUCUGCUACAAAGAGUCAAAGAACCAAGCUGCAAACUGAGUUACAGGCUAAUGCUCCCUCAAACAAGAGUGACUCUUCCUCGGACAGUUGCAUUAUUGUUGGGUAUGUUAAGCCGUUAGCUGAGAGGACGCCAGAAGUGGUUGAGCUGUCCUCAGACUCUGAGGAGUCCAUCAGGGAAGAGAAAAAGGAAGAUGCGAAAAAUCAGCAGCCAGUACAGUCUCGCAGCUGGAGUGAUACUGAACCAAGCAGGAGUUUCUCGCCACGUUCUCCCACACAUAAGGAGGAUGUAGGUAGUUAUAGAAACUGCUUAUCUCCCGCAGUUGAGAAGAUGGAGCCAAAAGACAGUGAGAAGAACAAAUGUAAAGUAAAAGACCUGUCUCCACAGGACUUGAGCUGGAGUCCC